GGAAAGAGCGGCGGAUCGCAAUCGCUCCUUGCCAGCGCCCGCUUCUCCUACUGACACCCAACUCUCCACAAUUGCCUCUCCCCUUCUUCACCUCUCGAUUCUAUCUCUCAAGGCACAUCUUCUUGUUGUCUAUUCUCUCAUCCUUCCCAUCUCCCAUUUCGUCUUGGACUACUCGCAACAUCCCCGCCGCAAUCUCCCUGUAGUUUAAAACUCCAACACCGCAGCCAUGGAAGAAGAAGUUGCCGCUCUCGUCAUCGACAAUGGUUCGGGUAUGUGCAAAGCCGGUUUCGCCGGUGAUGACGCACCUCGAGCUGUUUUCCCGUCCAUUGUCGGCCGACCUCGCCAUCAUGGUAUCAUGAUUGGAAUGGGUCAGAAGGACUCCUAUGUCGGUGAUGAGGCUCAAUCCAAGCGUGGUAUCCUUACUUUGAGAUACCCGAUCGAGCACGGUGUCGUCACCAACUGGGACGACAUGGAGAAGAUCUGGCAUCACACUUUCUACAACGAACUUCGUGUUGCCCCCGAGGAGCACCCCGUCCUGCUCACCGAGGCCCCGAUCAACCCCAAGUCGAAUCGUGAGAAGAUGACUCAAAUCGUCUUCGAGACCUUCAAUGCUCCCGCGUUCUAUGUCUCCAUCCAGGCCGUCUUGUCCCUGUACGCCUCCGGUCGUACCACCGGUAUCGUCCUCGAUUCCGGUGACGGUGUCACCCACGUUGUCCCCAUCUACGAGGGUUUCGCUCUUCCCCACGCCAUCUCGCGUGUCGACAUGGCCGGUCGUGAUCUCACUGAUUACCUCAUGAAGAUCCUGGCUGAGCGAGGAUACACCUUCUCCACCACUGCCGAGCGUGAAAUCGUUCGUGACAUCAAGGAGAAGCUCUGCUACGUUGCCCUCGACUUCGAGCAGGAGAUCCAGACCGCCAGCCAGAGCUCCAGCUUGGAGAAGUCCUACGAACUCCCCGACGGUCAGGUCAUCACCAUUGGCAAUGAACGCUUCCGUGCUCCUGAGGCUCUGUUCCAGCCGAGCGUGUUGGGUCUCGAAUCUGGUGGUAUCCACGUUGUCACCUUCAACUCCAUCAUGAAGUGCGACGUUGAUGUCCGUAAGGAUCUGUACGGCAACAUUGUCAUGUCUGGUGGUACUACCAUGUAUCCUGGUAUCUCCGACCGUAUGCAGAAGGAAAUCACUGCUCUUGCUCCGUCAUCCAUGAAGGUCAAGAUCAUUGCUCCUCCUGAGCGCAAAUACUCCGUCUGGAUCGGUGGUUCUAUUCUUGCAUCCCUCUCCACCUUCCAACAGAUGUGGAUCUCGAAGCAGGAGUACGAUGAGAGUGGUCCUUCCAUCGUCCACCGCAAGUGCUUCUAAGUGUGUGUAUCGACUCCUCAGGCGCGUCCGAAAGUGCUAGCAUAGUCAUGGGCUCCGUUUCCGUUCACCUUCCCACUUUAAUUCGACGACUACGACAAGCAAGUUUCCGAAUAACGAGUUCACAUGAUACGCGACCACACUGGACAAAAGA